AUGGAUAAGAGCUGGAUAAAUGAUCCAAAUAUUUUGUCAAGUCAUUAUAAGUCUGGUCUUAAGGAUUUUAUUGAAUUUGCUAAGACCAAUGGUAUGGGAUUGGAUGGAAAAUUAUUUUGUCCAUGUAGGAGAUGUAGGAAUUCAAAGAGAAUAAGCAUUUCUCAAGUUGAAUUAGAUUUGUCAAAAAAAGGCUUUUGUAUGUAUUAUAAAAAUUGGGUCUUCCAUGGGGAACCAUUUUCUGCACACUCUUAUAUGUCAAGUGGAAAGAACAAUAACCUUGAUGAGAAUGGUGUUGGAGGUGAGACAGAUUUCCUCUUUGAAAUUGUAUAUAAUUACUUUGAUAUGAAUGAAAAUGGUGAAUCUGAUGAGUUACCUGAUUUAUUGGAUGAGAUAAGAAAUGCACAUGAACCAGGGACAUCGAGUGAAUGGGAUUCAAAAAAUUUUGACAAAUUGUUAAAUGAUGCACAAAGAGAACUUUACACGGGAUGCAGAAAGUACUCCCUGCUGUGUUUCAUUGAUUCCUCGCUCCAUAUCAAAGUGAUGAACCAUGUGGCUAACAAGGCAUUUGACAUGAUGCUAGAAUUUUUAAAAGAUCUGUUACCAGAAGGAGAAAUACUUCCAUCCAGUUUUUAUGGGGCCAUGAAAAUUCCAUCUUGUAUAGGUUUGGGAUAUCAAAAAAUUGAUGUCUGCAAAUUUGAUUGUGCAUUGUUUUGGAAAGAAAAUGAAAAGAUGGACAAGUGUCCUGUUUGUAAAGAAUCACGAUGGAAAGUCAAUAAUGGCAAGGAAAAGAAAGUUCCACAAAAGGUGAUGUGGUACUUUCCAUUAAAAGCUAGGUUGCAAAGACAUUUUAUGUCUUCUAAAACUGCUGAAGACAUGAGAUGGCAUAAGGAGAAACGGGUUAAAGAGGAAAUUCCGCAAGAAUUCCUCGUUUGGAAACAGAAGAAGUGUGGAGGGUCUUCCUAG